CGUGUAUGGGUCCAUUCAUGUUUUGGGCUUGAAGACAAUAGCCGUGAAUCAGUUUCAUAUCAUUUUAUUCAUACAAAAGCAACUCUAUUAUUAUUAGUCAAGUGAUUUGAUCAAUUCGCGCUAUUUCUUGACCGAGUCCAAUGAAGUACUGGCAGCUUGGGGCAAUCUUUCUAUUGCUGAUGCUUCAUACCACGGUGGAAGGUGCGAAAGCUGGAAGUAGAGGUGCUCGAGGUAGAGGAAGGGGUCGUCUUUAUGGUUCAAGAAUGCCUAUUCUUAUUCCAAAUCGAAAUCCUACUAGUGCAGGAUACUACGAGAAUAAGGAUGGAGCAAAAAUAGUGAAAGCAUCUCAUUUUGAAUUGGACUACAUGUUGGGAAGGAAAAUAACAUUUUUUUGUAUGGCACGUGGAUACCCUAGACCAGAAAUAACUUGGUUUAAAGACGAAAUUGAAUUGUAUGAUCACCGAUUUUUUCAAGUGCAUGAAUGGCCAGUUGGAAAUGACACAAUAAAAUCAAAAAUGGAGAUAGAUCCUGCAACGCAAAAAGAUGCAGGUUUUUAUGAAUGUCAAGCUGACAAUCAAUAUGCUGUAGAUCGUCGAGGCUUCAGGACAGACUAUGUUAUGAUCUCAUAUUGACAUGAUAUAUUAAUAAUUAAGUUCCAACUGUUAAUACACUCAUAUGUACCUAUGUUGAUUAAUGUAAUUUUUUAAAAAUGCUUUUUCGAUGUUGGCAUCUUAGUAAUAUUAUAUUUUAUACAGUUAACAAUAAUUCAAUUGAUUGUGACCCUCGCUCUAUUUAUUACAAUGAUUUACGGUAAUUUAACAAUAAGCCUCGGACUCAUUGUCGUUUUAUGAAUAUUUAAAAAUCUGCAAUUUUGCACUUGAGCAUCUUUAGAUCCCCCUCUUGGAUCAUUGGAUAGCUCAAUAAUUAUGACAACCCAUCCUAAUGUGUAUUAUAUCUCCAUGUAAUGUAAAUCAUAAUCUUAUAAAUCAUUUUUUAACAAACAUCCCAAUUCUUUUUUUGCUAGUUUUUAUUCUUAAAUUUUGUUUGAUAUCA